AUGCAAGUUCCAUUGAUCAGACUCCAGUGCGGAGUCAACAGCUACGAUUGGGGUAAGGUAGGAAAGGAUUCAGCAGCAGCCAAGUUCGCAGCAGCAACCCCCGCCAACGACUUUUCAAUUCAGGAGGACAAGCCAUACGCAGAGUUAUGGAUGGGAACACAUCCUUCGAACCCCUCUAAAGAUGUCACCACACAACGAACCUUACUCGACCUUGUGCAGGACAACCAAGCUCUCAUGUCCAUAGAAAUUGGCGAGAAGUUCGGUCACAAACUCCCAUUCCUCUUCAAGGUCCUAUCGAUUGGGAAAGCUCUCAGUAUUCAGGCACAUCCCAACAAGAAACUAGCAGAGAAACUGCACGCAAGAGACAGCAAGAACUAUCCGGAUGACAACCACAAACCUGAGAUGACUAUUGCGAUUACACCAUUCGACGGACUUUGCGGCUUCAGGCCACUAGCUGAGAUUUCGCACUUCUUCUCGACGGUGCCCACGUUGAACAAACUGGUUGGGGAAGAAGGAGCAGCAUUCCAAUCUACGAUCAAAGGUCAGGAAACAUCGAGUAAGCCAGAGGAUGAGCAGAAGAACAAGAAGGCACUACAAAAGGCAUUUGGGGCCUUAAUGAAUGCGAAGAAGGAAGAUGUCGAGAAGGCCAGCAAGGAUUUGAUUGAGUCUGCAAAGGUAGAGGGAGCAAAUUUCGCCGGUGGUGGACUGGAAUCUACACCCGGAAAAGAGUUGGCAGAUCUGGUUGUCAGACUUGACAAGCAAUUUCCAGGAGAUAUUGGACUCUUCGUCCUCUUUUUCUUGAACUACGUCAAGCUCGAGGUUGGAGAGGCUAUGUUCCUCAAGGCGGACGACAUCCACGCAUACUUGAGCGGGGAUAUUAUCGAAUGUAUGGCUGCGUCGGACAAUGUUGUGCGAGCUGGCUUCACGCCAAAAUUUAAGGAUGUCGAUACUCUGGUGGAUAUGUUGACAUACUCCUAUGCUCCCAUUGAAGAGCAGAAAAUGGAACCGGUCGACUACCCAUAUGUUACUCUCAACUCCACAGCAUACAGCUCCGCCUCAUCAGCCAUUUUAUACGACCCGCCUAUUGAGGAGUUCAGUGUCGUAAAGACUGAUCUGAAGAAGAAGGGUGCGAAGGCAACUUUUGAGCCCAUAGCAGGACCAAGUAUCUUCAUCUGCACAACUGGAAGCGGAAAGAUUAGUGUUGGUCCGAAGGUAGAGGAGGUCAAGCCUGGAUAUGUGUAUUUCGCCGGGUCAACGGCGGAGGUAGUGAUGGAGAGCGAGAGUGACGAUUUCACAACAUUCAAGGCGUUUUGCGAAUUACAAGGAAAAGAGGAUGGGAAGGAAAAGUUGUGA